UCGGCCGCGCCUCCUCUUCCUCCUCCUCCUCCUCCACAUCUUGUCUUGAAGUGGGCGGGCGGAAAGGCCUAGCUUCCCGGGGGAGCUGGGAUUUGCAGCUCCUGCAGACAUGGAAGAGGAGGAGAAUCGACGCCCCCCAGUACGGGAGGAUCCUGCACGAGGUGGUGAGAAGCCAGCCAGUGAACCUUCUCUCGAUGCAGAUUGGGACCAAUCGGGUGCCCUCUGUGCUGGCCAAGCUAUCAUUCUGAAAGCUUUGCAGCAAGCUGUGGGCAGCGGCCUGGCGGGUGAACUGCAGGAUCCAGCCAGUGAGAAAGAUGCUGAAUGCAAGCACACAAGCCGGAGGAAAUGGUGCAAGAGCUCCAGAUCCGAAGGACUCGGAGGAACCUGGCUGGGAACUGGGGACCCUGCACUGGCCUGCGAUAGGAAUGCCACAACGGGUGAGGUCCUUGAGGCUCCUUCUUCUGGCGUGGUGCCUGACUUGGCUGGAGUCUUUGACUACCUGGAGUGGACUUACCAUUUGCCGCAGGGAGUGGAGAGCUCCGUAGGAACUCAGGCAGUUUAUGGGGAUGAAGAUAUGGAAGAAGUGGAGCUGGUGGCUGAGGUGCGGCUGGGGGAUGUGGGCGCCUUGUCUGGCAUCUUGAGAAGAAAUCUGUCUUGGAGGAUGCAGAAGUCUGCCUGCCUUGGAUUAUCUGCACCUUGCUGGAGAGGAAGCAGCGCCUGUCCCCUUGGCCACCGUUCCCUUUCAGAGCAGCCUUAUCCUCUGGACUCACACAGAACUCUGCCUGUAAUGGACCUGGCUCCUUGGACUUCUCUUUUAGCCAGGAGCCAAGUUUCGCAGUCCCCUAAAGCAGACAGGACUUCUCCUUCACCUUGCUUGGGCAUGACUCUGGGUACUGGCAUGGGGGUAUCCAGUGGGGGGCAGCAGCGCCCGCAGAGCGCCGCCAGCCGGGAAUCUGAAUCCCAGCAGCGUUCCCAGCCACCUCCCGCCAACUCCUUGGACAAGGCCGAUUCCAGCACUUCUUCUUCUUCAUCCUGCUCUUCAUCGUCAUCCUCAAUCUCCUGCCACCAGGGCCUGCCGGGCGAAGGUGGCGGCGACUCUUCAAACCCCUGCCCCCCAAUGCGCUCCCCGGACUUAGAUAUUUAUGAUCCCUUCCACCCGACGGAUGAGGAUAACCUCAAUGGUGAUUUUGCCUUUGGCGACUCUCCCCACAAAGAGGCAGAGGGUGGGCGGCAUGACCAGAAGUACGACCCCUUUGACCCCACAGGCUCUAACCCCAGUUCCUCCAUCAGCACCCCUUCGCACGACGAGGAUGAUGAAGACGAGGACGAUGAUGAAGACGACCACGACCAACACCCUCCGGACAUGUCCCACAGCAUCAGCCGCAUCUCGGAAACAUUGGCUGGGAUCUACGAUGAAAACAGCCUGAGCCAAGAUUUCCCCAGCUCGGACAAAGGGCAGGAAGAUUCUGAGCCAGAGGUGGAACCCGGCAGGGAUUACGAAACGGAGGCAGCCUGCUCUGCUGAGCUUCCUGAGGGCAAAGAGCCCCCGGGCGCCGAUUCCACUCUGCCUGAGGAGCUUCCUUCGGAGCAGGUGGAAGCUAAAGCCCCUGAGCCCCGCCGCCGGGUCUUUGUGGUAGACUUGGCCCCCAAAGGACGCUUGGAUGCUGAAACCAAGCCGCAGCUGGAAGGGAAAGUGUCCCUGGAGGUGGUGACUGUUGGAAACGCCAAGCUGAGGAGUGGCGAGAAGACGUCCAAAGGAGGCGGGCAUCAUCGGGCCGGACGCCGGUCAUCCAUGGAGUGGGACGGGAGUGGUGGCGGCGACUCGGAAAUUGAGGAAGGCGAGAUUGUCCAGCCAGAGGAUGAGCGCUAUAGCCCCAUUCGACUUUUCCGGAGCAGGUGCCGGCCUGCCGAACAGCGCACCCUGCGGGUGGUCGAAGGAGACGACUUCCUGUCGCUGCACGCAGACUCAGAUGAUGAGGGAGCCCUACAGAUCGACUUCAGCGAGAGCCAGCCUGACCCCCGUUGGAAGGGCGUGGACUUGAGGAGAAAGAUUCUGACCCAGCGACGAGAGCGGUAUCAUCGAGCUCCCUCGCCCCUGCCUCCGCCACCACCGCCUCCGCCAGCCCCCAAGCGCCCUGCCUCCAAGUCUCACUCCGGCUCGAGCUCUGGCUCCUGCAAGAAAUCGAAAAGGGAGCGCAAAAGGUCACGCGAGCGCAAGGCCUCAAAAACCAAGGAGGCUUACGUCUCCCCAUGGAACCCCAAGAAGAAAUCCAAAUCGCGCUCGAAAUCCAAGGAGCGCCGGCAUUCGCACCACAGGGCUUCGCGGUCCCGCUCACAUCACCGAGCCUCCCGGUCCUGGUCGCCGUCGAUCAGCACCAGCCUGUCUGCGGUUGGCUCCUCCCAUACCUCCGCCGAGCGGCGCAAGAGCAGGAGAUCAAAGUCAAAGGAGAAGCGCCGUGGCCGGCGCUCUCGGUCGCGCAGCAGCAGCCGUGCCCAUCGCAGCAGGCACAAAGAGAAACAUCGGGGGGAUGGCGGCAGGAAAAAGAAGAAACGCUCCCGGUCUCACUCGCGGGAGAAGCAUCCUUCGCAUCGGUUGUCCAAGGACAAGGAACGGGAGGUGCACCUGCAGGAGGAGCCCAAGUCUGAGAAGGUCCUGAUGGAACGCCGUAGAGAUGCACGGACUGUGGUGCCCCCAUCGAUCCAGGACCUCAACGACAACGACCUCUUCACCAUCAAGAGGACCAUCACGGUCAACCAGCAGGAGAAAAUGGAAGGUCUCUUGGAGACGCCGGAGAGAGCUAAGCGGGAAGUCCUUUACGAUUCCGAAGGGUUGAGCUUCGAUGCUUGCUUCUCGGACCGCGAGCCUGCGGAGGAAUCCAAAUCGGGCGGGGGGCGGCUAGCGGCCAAGGAGGACGUGGUCCCGUCCCGCAAGGACAAGCGGCCGGAGGAGGACAUCAAGCAGAAGGUGCCUAAGGAGAAAGAGCGCAAGAGGGCCUACCUGGAGGAGCGCCCUGGUGCCCGCGAUAAGUACAAAAAAAAGUUGAAGGAGGGACCGCCCUGUUCAGAACAGCAGGAGUUGCCCAAAGUGGAGAAAAAGGCCCGGCCGGAUCGGGACAAGACUGGGAAAAAGAUCAAAGCUGGAAGCCACAAGGAAAGUGGCAAGUUGGGCUCAGGCCGGAAGGUGAAGCUCCAGUCCAAGGUGGCCGUUUUGAUCCGCGAAGGGGUCAGCAGCACCACGUCGGUCAAGGAAGUGGGUUCCAUCGGUGUGAAGUUCAGCCGCGACAAGGAGAGCCGAUCGCCUUUCCUCAAGUCGGAGGAGAAGGUACUGAUGGUUGGGGCCUCGGCAGCCAGCCAAGGAGAGAUUUCCGACGUCAAGGAGCCAGGGUUCAAACCCAAGAAAGUCAAAGGGCUGAAGGCCAAGAUGGGCGUGAAGAAGCUGAAGGGCAUCAAGCCCAAGGGUGCCUCAGAGCCCAAGAAGAAGAAGAAGCUGAAGGUGAAGACUGGGCUGAAGAAAUCCAAAGCCGACAGCUGCAGUCAAGGUGCGAGCAGCCCUUUGAGGGUCAAGGAGGAGCCCUCGUGGUCUGGUUCGGAGAAAUCGGAGGUCACCGCCAAACCACCCAGCCCGCAGCCCUUGGCCCCAGGCCAGGAGCUCACGCCCGACUCCCAGACGGUGGACAGCAGCUGCAAGACGCCCGAUGUCUCCUUCCUACCUGAAGAGCCCCCCGUCGAGCCCCCCAGGGUGCCGGCAGACGAGCCGGAAGCCGACAGUUUGUCCGAGACCAAAGAGGAACAGCCACUGCAGCCACCCCCUCACCCACCCCGCAGCUUGCCCCAGCCACCGGCCCCCAUGUCGUGGAACCUGCAGGGUGGGGUAGACUGCACCAGUGGCGUGUUGGCAUUGACUGCCCUGCUCUUCAAGAUGGAAGAGGCCAACCUUGCAAGCAGGGCAAAAGCCCAGGAGCUUAUUCAAGCAACCAAUCAGAUCCUGACCCACACCAAGCCUGCUGCCUCCUUGGGCCCCCCUCAGCCGCCAGCACCGCCGGCCCACCCACCUGCCUCGCACUUGGCUGUACCGCCCGUCUCCUACCUGCUCCAGAGCUCCCUGCCUCUCGGAGGCUGUGGCUCCACCCCCACCACCCCCACUGGAGUCUUGCCCGGGACGUUGAGCCAGGCUUCGUCAGGCCCUCCCUCAGCGGCCAUAUUUGCCUCUUCCUCUGGCACCGAUCUUGGGAGCACCAGCUCUGAAGGGCGCGGAGACAGCGACAAGUACCUGAAAAAGCUCCACACACAGGAACGGGCAGUGGAGGAAGUGAAGCUGGCCAUCAAGCCCUAUUACCAGAAGAAGGAGAUCACCAAGGAAGAAUACAAGGACAUCCUGCGUAAAGCCGUCCACAAAAUCUGCCACAGCAAGAGCGGCGAAAUCAACCCCGUCAAAGUGAACAACCUAGUGAAGGCUUACGUCCAGCGAUACAAGUACUUUCGAAAACACGGGCGCAAGAUGGAUGAGGAGCCAGGUCCCCCCAAGGAGAUAGCGGGGCUGGACAAGUCUGGCUUGCCCAUGCCCCCGCUCUGAUUUUUUCCCCCCUCUUGACCACCAGGAAAAAAAGAAAUCAAAAAGAACGGCCCUUCUUUAUGCAAAUAGGCUUGGCUGGGCCCCCCUCCCCCAGCCCCCUAUCCUGUGUGUGGGGCGUGUGGAAGGGGAGGGGUUGGGGCGACCCGCUUUGUUUGGGAAGGGGUGGCAUUUGGAGAGUGCGGUUCUUGUGCAUCUGCUACCUGCCCCUUUACACUCAACAGUUUUAGCCACAAAUCGACUUGUGUUUUACCUUGUAAAUACAGAUGAGAGGAUGGGACUAAUUUUUAGUUUCAUCACUCUCCAACCCCCCUUCCCCCCCCCAUGAUACAAUGGGUGGAUGUUAUUUCCCCCACCCCCACCCCUUAGUUUUUACUCAUUUAGCAUGUUUUUGAUUUGAAGGUUUUAUUCUCGCCCUCCCUCCCGUCAGGAGUCAUGAAAGAGCAGUACCGUGGCUGGCCUGUAGAUGGCAGCUUCCUGCCACACUGGGUGGGUAGCACACCCCUCAUACUCCCCCCAGUUGUAAGUUCGUCUGCCAUACUGUUCCCGACCCCUUUCUCUUCAUAAAACUGCAUUUAGCCAUCUAAA